AUGAGUUGCGAAUCUGGAGCAUCGGGAAUCUUAUGUAGUAAUUCUUCCAACCGACGAAGGUUCCCUGGAAUUCCCAAAAAGUGUCAUUGUGGAUCACCAAUAGUUGACAUAAUCUCUCGAUCCAUACCAAAUCCGUGUCGUCGCUACUACCGGUGUGAAUAUGCAUAUGAUAGAAGGCUUGUGAACGAUGGACAUGUCUUUAAGUGGGUUGAUGAAGCACUGGUGGAUGAGGUAGAACAAUUGGAUUUUCAAGUUGGUGUUCUAGAGGAAGAAGUUACUCUUAUGAAAAUGGAAAGCAUGAGAGAUAUGAAGGAAAUUAAGAAAAUGAGUAUACUCGUUUUCUGUGGUUGUCUUCUUGUGAUAGGGCUGGGAAUAUGGUACAAUCAAGUGUAA